AUGGCACUAGUACACAGCAUCAGUGAAAAUGAUGAUCCCUGGGUUUGGUCAGCUAAAGAUGAUGUACGUGUUAAAGUGAUGUUAGGUAAUAAUGAAAUUGAAGAUUUAGCACGAAAAGCAAUUAUUAAAAAGUUUGAUUUAAAAACCAGUGAAUACUCAAAAUAUUGGGAUAUUCUGCCGUUGAUGAUUGAUUCUCUCACAGCUUAUGUUGUCAAAAGUAGUAGUUCACCAAUUGCCGGAGUACAACCUUAUCGUGCUAUUCAUCCAAAUUCUAUGACCAUGAUCUUUCGUUUUCCAUGUACGACCGAAGCAAAUGCAGUGGAAAUUGUUGAUCUAGUAAGAAGUGGUGAAUAUGAAAUUGAAAUUGCAUUCUAUUUUGAUGGUUUCAAGCGUACAUCGACAAAUUUUGUUUCGAUUACGGCUGAUCAAUUGAAAAGUGUUGGAAGUAGAACGGCAGCUGAUGGUGGUAAUACAAAAGCAAAAUAUAUACACCGUAGUCAGACAACAAAAUAUGUUAGUCACUAUGUAACGAAUGUAAAGAAAAUGAUCUAUCAAGAAGCGGAAGUUCCAAAUAGUGAAUCACUUACUAGUGGUCUGGAAGAUACAUUUAUAUCGUUAUUGCAACAAGGUAUGAUGUUUAGAAAAAAUUUUCUCUCCGGUUCACUUAUGAAUUUCUGUGCUCUAGCUAUGGAUGAAGCAAAACAAAUUUCAUUAGAUACAAAAGCCUUUGAACAAGUGUGGUCAGCUAAUGAUUUAAAACCUGAUCUGAUAGAAUCGGAAUUAAAUAAAAUGUUCGUCUAUAAUGAAACAGCCACGAAAGAACACGGCUCUUCUGAUAUGUACUAUGAUUUGAUGACACAUUUUGCACAGUCCUCAGCAGCAAGUAAUAGUUUGAGCUUGAAUUAUGGCUUUGGAGCAAUCUUCGAAGCUAUAGGUGCUUUUUUUAAUGUUGGUCUGGAUACGUCGUCUCAAACACAACAGAGCUCUACCAAUACAACACGACAGAUUGAUCGUCGAGCCUAUUCAAGAUCUGAAAUACGAGAAGCACUAUUGAAGCAGGGUAUUGAAAUAGAGAAAACUGGUAAAACAUGGGAACCAAAGUCUUUCGACGUCUAUCGUCUUACAGAUAUCUCCGAUCGUUUGGAAGUUGGUGUUAUGGCUAAACAGCUGAUUGUUGAUAAAAAUCAAAGUGCAAUUAUAAGAACAAUCAGUACAAUGAACACGCCAACCGUCACAGCUGAAGGAAAUGCAGGCCAACAUCACGAAGAAAAGAAGUUUGCAACAGGUGCAAUUCAGAUGUACGCCGGAAGUGACCAACCGCCUUCACCUUGGCUUCUGUGUAAUGGCUCUGAACUAUCGAGAAUCGUUUAUCAACAUUUUAGAGGUCGAGUAACAAUGGGCGUUGAUGGAGUAGGCCUACGUAUUAACACAGCGAAUGAAAUUGGGAUGACAGGUGGGAACGUAACCCAAAUUCUGACAAUAGAUAACCUUCCAGCACAUGUACACAAUCAGGGAUCACUUACAGCAUUAACAAGUGGCAGUCAUACGCAUUCUGUUAACGACCCAGGACAUAAUCAUGGUGGACUAACUGACAGUGCUGGCUUUCUGAGUUCAAAUGGAAACUGGUACAUAGCAAAUACAGGAGCAAGUAUAGGAGUAGGAACACAUCAGCACACAAUACCUACUGGACGAACGUAUAUUUCAAUCAAUUCAGCUGGAGAUCAUGGUCACUCGAUAAAUGGACAAACUGGAGUCACUGGCGGUGGAAAAGAAUUUAGUUUGCUGCCACCAUUUCAAACAGUUCAUUAUAUCAUUUAUGCUAAUUAA